GAUCCACACCAUUUUUAUUGUCACCCCACAGCCUUGCUGUCACUGGUUGUUAUUUUGAAGGCAGUUGAAAUUGCUGUGAUAUUUAUAUUAGUUUGGAAAAUCCCCUGUGAAACUCUUCAGGACUCUUCAGGUCCAUCCUUGGCAAACAGCACCAACAGAGCUCCUUCACCUAUCCAGAAACACUACUAUGAUGCUUUUGACAUGAUCACAGACCUAUGCGCUGCCACAGGCAAGGUGUGCGAGCUAUGUCCUUUGAACUGGAUAGCAUUUAGAGGUAAAUGUUAUUUCUUUUCGGAAGACAGAAAUAACUGGUCUUCAAGCAGAGAGAAC